UCACUUCCACUACUUAUGUCAUCCAACUAACCUAUAAUUUAAAAACAUUACCAAUCAGUAUGAAAUUAUCACAACAAACUCUUAUAGGUUUAAAAAGACUUGGAAAUCAAACCUUAAUAUCAGACGAGUGUUUUAAAUCGUUGUUGAAGGCUGCUGCUUUAGUGCUAUGUGAAAAGUCAAAGUCGUACCCAAGAAUGAACGAGCUUUCCUCCUCCAAACCUGAUAUUGUUAAAGAGAGUUUUGCUUCCCUCUUGAUUCUGAUGGUUGAAUCGGCUAGGCACAAUUUAGACGUAAAUGGCCUAACCACAACACUAGAAAAUUACAACUUAAAUUUGUCUCGCUUGCAAAGAAUUCUGGAUUUGUAUCAAGCAUAUGGGAGCAAACUUCAGUUGUCGUUGAGAAAUGUGGGAACCUCUCUCCCUCGCAUUUUAGACAUCAAAUGGAGAUUAGAUUUGUGCAUUAAGUCAAGUGCAUUGGAACAUGAAUCUCGACUGGUGUAUUUCAUAACAAUUGUAACAGAAAGAACUGAGAGAAAAACUGUUUCUGAAGAAGUAACAGUGACAAAAAAACACACCUUCACAUGCUCUCUUCAGCAGCUACAAGAACUUGUCAUGAAGUUGAGGGAUGCGACAAGACUGAUGCAAUCAAUAGCCAAUUACAAAUAAGAAAAAAAAAAUAGGCCUAUAUUCACUGGCCAUUAGCUAAUUUCUUUAAAGGAAAGUAGUUGUUUAUAUACAAUACUUGUAAAUAAUACCUUUGUAAAUAUAUUGAUAUUUGUAUUUGUAUUGUACCCUAUUUACAUUAAGUUAAAAGAAUA